UGGGCGGGCAACCAUACCAGUUCAAACUCGCUCAGAUUAGUUCGGGACUGGGAAAAAAAAACCCGCUUCUCAUUUUGUGCUCCGAGGUUGCGAAGUAGGGUAAUGUGAUAGGAAGGAAGAAAAGCUAGAAACUCUCGGAGGGAGUCCCGUUUGAGUAUUAUCAGCAGGGAAAAGGGAAGUAGAGCCGGCGGAGUCGACAGAGCAGAGGCGGACUUUUUCCUUCCGAUGGUGCUCAUGACUGACCUUCAGCUUGACGGGGACCAACAAAAGCCAGUCCGAGUGGCCAGUAAAAAGGAAAAAACUGCUUUAAUCCAUUCAGAAAAUGAAAAUGGAACAGAAGAAAAGAAGAAAUCUGGAAAAACAGGCUCUGGAGUCUCACAGAUAUCACCUAAUGAGGCUGACUAUUUUGAAGACCAGAAAAAAGUUGCAACUGCACGGUCAAAGACAAUUGUGGAUAAUAGUUUCUUGACGUUCGAUGGCAAGAAUGACUCAAAGGCUGAAAGGAAGAAGCAUACUUCAAACCAGUUUAAGGCUAACGCUCAUUUUCACAAGCUGUUUCUGGAUGUCCCAAUUGAUGAGCCUUUGAGACAAAAUUUCACCUGCGCCUUACAGAAAGAAAUUGUGUACCAAGGGAAGCUGUUCAUAUCAGAGAACUGGAUUUGCUUCCAUUCCAAAGUCUUUGGCAAAGACACCAAGAUUAGCAUACCUGUGUUAUCCGUAACACUAAUAAAGAAGACUAAAACUGCCCUUUUAGUGCCAAAUGCUCUCAUUAUAGCUACAGUCUCGGAUAGGUACAUGUUCAUCUCUUUUCUGUCCAGAGACACUGUUUACAAACUAUUAAAAUCUGUUUGUGCUCAUCUAGAGGAUGUGAACAACAGUCCUAAUCCUUCUUCCCUAGAAAGUAGUUUCAGAGCUGAACGGCCUACAACAUUACCUCUGGAAUUCAGUAAUGCUUUCUCUGAAUUGGGUGGCAUCAUACAGAGACGCAGACAGGAGAUGGAAGAAUCCAGCAGCACUGGUUCUCAAACCCCAGAAUUGGAACACUUUCAAGAUUACCAUGAGUCUGAGAACCAGUCUCAUUUCAAAAGUUCCAAGACAGAGAUGAAAGCAGUCCAUAAAGAUGUACAGUCUAAAUGUACAUGUGAUGAUCAAAUCAGGAAUGUUUCAGGAAACAUUUCCCCAGGAAUCCUUGGAUCUUUCUACAGAAUGAAUUUUCAGGUGUUUUUGUCGGUGACUCAUGUACUCAUUGUCUAUGCAGUUCUUGUUUUUAUCCUCAUUUGUUCUACAUUCUAUAUGCGAUAUAAAGUUCAUAUUUUGGAAGAGCAACUUGUAUCCGUGGCUUCUAUUGUGGAUCCACAUAUGAAUGAACAUCCAAUACAAGGUGGCUUGGGAUAUAAUCUAAAAUUUAAUGUUGACGGUCUGUAUGCAGAGCUAGCAGCUAAUCUUAUCAAACUAGAAAAGAUACAAAGCAAUUUACAAAAGCUACUUGAAGACAGUAAGUGAACUGCCUGUUGCCUUUGGAUUACUUCAUUCGCACCUCCUUUUUUCUCAAGAUAAGCAAUUCUAAAGAUAACAUUGGGCUUAGCCAACCAGGUUAUGUGUACUUAAGCUCAAUCCAAAAUUGCUUCACAGCUCUUGUACUUGUGCAAUAGCAUGUGUUUUCUCAGAGGACAAUCUGUCUUUGCUGUCUACACUGGUAUAUGAUGGAUAACUGAGAGGAUCGAUCUCAUACAUUAUUAUUAUAUUGCUUAAAUCUACUGUAAUUCCAUUCUGUUCUAUUUUGUUCCUUUUAGACUUAAGUUGGUAUGAGUAAUAUACAAUUUGCUGUGAACCAUGCCUGGAAAGCUUUACAGCUUGUAUAUGCUUGUAUCUGAAAGUAUAGUACACUCUAGUUUCUUCAGGUUUUUUCUUUUUUCCUUCCCAGACAGGUAGGAAAGUCUUCAUAUAUCCAGCAUGGCAUUAGCUGGACUCUAUAAGCUUAAUUUUGUGAAUUAGUUAGCGUUUUGCUUUGAUCAAGUUCUUUCUGGUUGGAGCCAUCAUAUUCCUACAGAGUUGCCAAACGAAAUCUGUUCUGCAUGCUAAACUGCAGUUACAUAUAUUAGGAAAUUGAAGCUUUUCCUGUUUGGCACAGGAUCGUGUAUGCACACAUGCACGUACACUUACACCCAGAAAACCCUCAGUUGCUAAAGCUUUCUGUCAUGUCCAGUUACAAUUAAAGCAGAUCAGAAGGCUUUUACAAUGAAGGUUUGACAAUCCUAAUUCCAUAGAGUUGGCCCAGAUCAUGUUAAUAACACACUGAGUCAUGUGAAAUACAUCAGACCUUUUGUGCGUGGGUGUGCGCGCGUGCCUUUGAGUCAGUGUUGACUCCUGGCAACUGCCUGGACUAGUCCCUGCUGUUUUCUUGGCAAGAUUUCAGAAGUG